AAUGCCUUUCCAUUUCUGCCCCCAGUGUGGGACAAAGUUACAGCCUGAAUUCAGAUUCUGUCCUUCAUGUGGGGAGAAACUUCCCGGUCCUGAAAGUCCAUUUCAAUCUGAAUCUGUGAACUCAAGUUUCUCCUCGCCUCUGAGAAAUGCAGCAGCAACAUCUGUAGUUAAUCCAAGCCCCACUCCAAGCACGAGCUGUGAACUCAGUACAGUCCAGGGAUUUGACACUUUAAGUUCGUUAACACCACGUCCUGCACUGCGAAGGACUCGCAAAACCCUUUGUCUGGACAAAGAAGGAACAGUGAGGAGUGACAGGAAAGCGGAGGGAGAGAGAGAGAAGAAGACAUGCGAUAAUGACGCUGGGUUGCAGGAAUCUCCACCAAAGAAGAACACGGUCACCUUUAAACUUGACACUGGGGCGCAGCCAAUCGUAGAGUCUCCUGUUGCAAAAUCUCCUCGAUCUGUGCAAAGGAAAGGGAAGCUCAGCAGUCCUUUGAAAAAGCAGGAAGAAGAAGAAAAGAAGCUGUCUGCAAAAACAGGCUGGAUAGAGGGGAGAUCAGCAGUAGAUGGAGCUUCACCUGUUUCCUCACCAAACUCUAAGUCUCCUGCAAAAGCAACUGGAAAAAAUAAAGGCAGGAAGACAAAGCAUGCAUCCUCUGUGGAACCGCUGCCUGAAGGUGAGGAGGUGACCGACACGACCGGCAAGAAGUGGAAGCUGAUCAGGCAGCUCAGUCAGAGCGCAACCGAGCUGCUCUACGAAGUUUCUCGGCCAAGCUCAAAGGAGUUGAAUCACACCCUCAAACUGGGAGCUAAAGAUGGAAGAAUCUUCAAUGAACAGAACUUCCUGCAGAGAGCUGCUAAACCGGCGUCCGUGGAAAAGUGGGUCAAGCAAAACAAGCUGGAUUUCCUGGGGAUUCCUUCCUGCGUUGGCUUUGGUCUCCAUACAGACUCGUACAGGUUUCUAAUUUUUCCCAGCAUUGGCGAGUCGCUCCAGUCCAUCAUCGAGAAAGAAAAUCAGCCUCUGUCUGAGGAAGUUGUUCUUCAGCUGGCCUAUAGAAUAUUAGACGUGCUGCACUACAUCCAUUCAAACGAAUACGUUCAUGCGGAUAUCAGUGCCGAGAACGUGUACAUAAAACAAGGACAGAGGUCACAGGUGUACCUUGUAGGAUACUGCCAUGCCUUCAGGUACGGUCCAGGAGGAAAGCAUGUGGAGCACCGUGAAGCCAGCCGAACGCCACACGAGGGCACCGUCCAGUUCAUCAGCCUGGACGCGCAUAAAGGAGCAGCUCCAUCUCGCCGCAGCGACCUGCAGUCUUUGGGUUACUGCAUGCUGCACUGGCACACUGGAUUGCUGCCGUGGACCGAGCUCACUCAACCACAGCAGAUAGCCACAGAGAAACAGAGGUACAUGGAGGAUGUUCCUGCACUUCUGAGCCAGUGCUUUGGGAGGAGGAGCGUUUCCAGAGCAUUUCAAACGUACCUGACUGCAGUGAUGGCUCUGCAGUACUCCGAGCAGCCCAAUUACUCAGCGCUGAAGGCCGGACUCAGCGACGCUUUAGUGCAGCUGGGGGCAUCGGUGGAGGAGCCCCUCAAUUUUUAGGUGAGGACACACCCGCCUUUACUGAAACUCAGAAAUAAAGAUGUUCACAUGCACCUGAGGCAAGUUCAACAUACCCAGAAUAGCUUUUCUUUACCUGAUGUCAGCAGUCAGCUCAUUUACCUGCCUUCUGAAUAAAAGGUCAACGAGGCUCAGGUGUUGUGUUUUAGGAGCAUAUUUUUAAAAAGUUGCUUUAAAAGUAAAAAGUUUAAACAUAUUCUCCAAGAUCUUAAUAUUUCUCAUUGAUGCUCAUCACAUAGACCCUCUUUGUAUCUGCACAGAGAUGGUGGUGCUGUUUUUAGACAGCUGAUUGGUCACUGGGAGGUUGAUUCAUAUUUGUUGAUCUCUUAACAGAUAUAACAGCAUAAGUUACCAUGGUGAUACCCCAGUAAGACUUGAAACAUCUUUGUAAAACUAAAAUUUUCAGAUAAGAAAAGGAAGAAACUGAGAUUCUGGGUUCAUCCGAUUCUGAGUUUCUCACAGGAUUAUUUUUUUUUUAAAUUAAUAGAUCUGACCAAUCAGGUCACUGCAUUUGGCAAGAAGUGCAAUCAUAGCUCAAAAUGUGCGCCAUUACUUAAUAAACAGUGAUAUAGAAAUAGUAAGAUAACACUAUUUUACCUCAGACACAGCUGGACGCUGCUUCAGGUCAGUCGGCCUCUGAAAUUAUUUCUCAGCCUUCUCAGAUGUGGCUCCAGCUCUGAUGACAAGAGCUGAAACUGCCCCACUGACAUCCUGAAAUAUGUACGAAAGCUGUUGUGAUACAGCUUCUACUGCUGGAUCAAACCAUGAAAUUCUCCCUGCUGCUGCCUUCUUCUGAGAAUCGAAUGAACCCAGAAUCUCAGUUUCUUCCUUUUCUUGUUUAAAAACAUCAGGACCAGCUCAUCAUCGCUUCAUGUGGACUUCAUUCUCUUUAGAUUUAGUUUUUCUGAGGGCAAACCUUUUGUAAAAACCCUUUCAGUGUGUAUACACGUUACAUGACAAGUUCAGAUCUGAAAAUUUUUGAAUUUCAUGUUGUUUAUUUUUUCCCUCAGUGGGUAAAGACCUCAAGGCUAAAGACCCCUUGCUCAGCCUCAAAGCCUGUAUCAUAGUACAGGACUGUUCUUUGCAAUCAGAUAUUAAAAAGUAUUAUUUAUACACUGAUGUCAUUAUGAAUUACAUCUGUUGGAGACAUUAUGUUUAUUAUUUACAGCACAGGAUGCAAAGCUAGAGGUGGCAGAUGAACAUGAGGUAAAGAUGCUUAGAUUUUCAUUGGGCGUGACUGAGAUGGAGGGGAUUCGAAAUGACUUCAUCAGCUCAGGGACAGCUCUGAGUUAGUGAAGCGGAGGGUUGGUGUUAGGAAUAGGGUAAGAUGGAGGUAGAUGAUCCGCUGUGGUGACCCCCAGUCAAAAGAAGACAUACAAUCUUCAGAUACAGCUGCCACCGUUUAUAUGAAAGGGCCCUUUGUCUAUGUAGCCGAUCAGGCAAAAUCCAAGCAGACUGAACGCAAACGGGGAUUAUUACUGUGAUCAGAUGAGAUUAUCAGAGAUUUAAUUAAACCAAACUGAAGCGUUAAAACUGACAUCAACCUGACAGCGAUGCUGCAUAUGUAUCAAACCCUUUGAGUCUGACUAAUCUUUGUUUUAUUUUCAGAGAGAUCGCACAAAAGAGACGAGACUGAAAGAUCCUGGAGUUUUCUUAUUUUAAAGUCGUGUUUAAAUGCUGAUGCUUUAUUGCACUGAAAGUCAUGAGUUUAUUAGGUAAACGAUUCAUUGGUUUUACAGUUUGUGUGUGUGUGGGGGGGGUUUAUCAUCUUUAUGGACCUGUUGAGGCUUCUGUGGUUUUCAGCCUCACAAAGAAAUACAAGUUUUAAAUUCCUAAAGCACUGAUUUUUAUAUUUUGUGUGUUGCAGUGUUGUUAGGUAGUUAGAUUUAACAGGGUGAUUUUUAUAACAGAUGUUUUUUUUCUGUUGACUUAUCCUGCUGAACAUUUCAACAAAUAAAAUAUCGACAUUUCUUACAGUGA